AUGAUUUGGUGCUAUUGGAUAGUCUGGGGUCAGCACUGGCUGAGCAUUCUGCCUCUUGUACUUUUUCUUCUUUCUACAACUGCAUUCAAAAUUAUUUUUCUCUAUCAAGACUAUAUGAAGAUCAACUAUGAGGAAUAUAUCAUUAUGCUUAUCAUCUAUUGUAUCAUCACUGUUGUACAAGCAGGAAGUCAAGCAAAUGGAAUCAAAGCUUACUAUCACAUCAUUGAAGUCUUUGUGGAAUCAUCAGCUCUUUAUUCCAUAUGCUUGAUUCUAAACAUAGCUUUUUCCUCUCAUAAUUCUGUUUUAUGGGGAUACUUUGAUCUUUUAGGAACAAUAACAAGAGGAAUUGCUCUAACACUCCUUGUUGGACAUGUUGCAGCAGGUCAUGCUCACCCAGAUGACUUUUGGCAAAGAAGUGUGAUUUCAGGCUCACUUCACUUUGGGACACAUUCUGGAGGCCAGACUUCUCAGCAAGAUUCCAUAAUCAGCAUUGAUCUUGAAUCCCAGCAGGAGAUAGAUAAUGACCAUGGCUAUCAGAAUCCAGCAUCUUCUGAGGAAGAUAGUGCCUAUAACAGUGGCAUCCAAGAGGAUGACUUGGAGGUGGCUCAGCAAGAGAGAGAUAUCAUAUACUCUCAUCACACUCUGGCAGAAUCUCAGACAGAUGUUAGCAUCAACUCAGGAGAUGUCAUCCAAAAGCAUGGUCCUGAAUUAGAGCAGGAGAGAGAGACAGAGACAGAGAUGAAGAAUAUGGCCAUUGUAUGUUGA